GGUUCAAUUCCAGUGCCCGAUAAGAAAAAUCCCAAAUGUUCCCUGAAUUCGAUAGAUGGUGCUGAGUGGGCGUUCAGAGCAGCUUCCGGUUUUUGGUGGCAGCUUCCUCGGAGCUUGUUUUUCUUUCAUUUACAAUUUAUAAACAUUUCGUCCUCCUGAGCGCUUUUCCAACUACGCCGCCGAAGAAAUAUUUCUUUCGCAAUGACACGAUCUUUUCACUUUAACGCGACUGGGUGGUGGGAGUAAGUGUUGUAAACGUAAAUAUUGACUGUAAACAUUGGGAGCUCCGUGUAUGCGUCAGUGGCUGCAUGUCUCGCGCGCUCGCUCUCUCUCUCUGUGUAGGUGAACUCUGGACUGUUCUUUGUUUCCGACGCACGUCGGUCGCGGUUUAAGUGUAUCGCGCGAUUUGCACUGGCGCUGGAUGCAUCACGGCUAAUGAAGAUCCUUCGUCCAGUCGGCCGAGCACAUUAGCGUAUGCGUAGUUGAAGGUUCUCGUAUAGCAUUGACGGUUCUGCCGUAUAUUAUUUUAAUGCCAAUCCUAGUGUGCUGCGAACCGCGACGACUACACGCGAGCGCUCGCUCACCAUCACACAGUUAUACAACGCGGCGUUUAUCAGUGGCCGUGUUACAUAUCAGUCUCUUAACAACCUCUUCCAAGGGUCGACAAAGCUGGCCGUGAUCGUCGUGUGUUGCAGCAGCAUGGUUGUUGUGCAAAAGAAGCGGUGCGCCCAAGUUUGGUUGCAAGAACGUAGGAUAAACGCUAUCCUACUGCAGGACGAUUAACAAUCACACACACUAUCGGCGACUAUCGGUUUCCCGGUUAUCGGUCCCCCUCUCCAGUGUGUACGAAGUGUGUGAGGGAAGCUUCGGUGACAGGCGAACAAAGUGUACAGGACAUUUCCUGCUGAAGUGAAAGUAGGUUGUGGAGUUUUCUCGUCGUCGGUACUAGCAGCACUCGGUCUAAGGUCGAAUCGAUGGCAUCCAGUCCGCGAGCCGGUGGCGCAGCGCAACGCCCAAACGGUGCCACACAGAACAAAAUCUGUCAGUUCAAGCUCGUGCUGCUGGGCGAAUCGGCGGUCGGAAAGUCAUCGCUGGUGUUACGCUUCGUUAAGGGCCAGUUCCACGAGUACCAGGAAAGCACGAUCGGUGCCGCUUUCCUAACACAAACCCUGUGCAUCGAUGAUACGACAGUGAAGUUCGAGAUAUGGGAUACUGCUGGCCAGGAACGGUACCACAGUUUGGCGCCCAUGUACUACCGAGGUGCACAGGCCGCGAUCGUGGUGUACGAUAUUCAAAACAGUGAUAGCUUUGCGAGGGCCAAAACGUGGGUCAAGGAGCUUCAAAGACAGGCAUCGCCAAACAUUGUGAUUGCAUUAGCCGGUAACAAGGCCGAUCUGGCCAACAGCCGUGUCGUAGACUAUGAGGAAGCCAAGCAAUACGCGGACGACAAUGGACUACUAUUUAUGGAAACAUCCGCCAAGACGGCCGUCAACGUGAAUGAUAUAUUCCUUGCAAUAGCUAAAAAGUUACCCAAGAACGAGGGUGCUGGACCGCAGCAAAACAUUAGACCAACGCAAAACGAAACCAAUAGGCAGAACAGUGGUUGCUGUGCUGUGAGCAAGUGAUGUUAUUCAGCAGCAAAUGGACUGUUGAAUGCGUGUGAAAACUGCUGCAUGAAAAAUUGUAUAAUGGUAAUUAUCGUAUUGUUGAAGCAGAAGAAGAAGCCGGUGGAGAAGAUAAUAAUGCUGGCCGCCGCCGCCGCCGGUAUGAUAAGGAUGAUGAGUAAAUUGAUAGGAAGUAAGACCGAUUCCAAACUAGUUAUGGCAUACUACCAGCAAACAGUAAAGCAUUAUAUUUAAAGGAAGAAACACACACACACACACACAGCAAGAAGAACAGCAAACACAAACAAAACAAAGAAGAAAAAAAGAACAAAAUUGUAGAAAACAAAAGGGACAAAAAAAGAAACAUAAAAUCAUCUGCAAAAACGAACAAAACUUACAUUGAGUAGGCGGAGGAAAGGCAGUCGUAGCACGAACAGGUUAAAUUGUGGAUGAUAAAUUAUGCAAGCGCCGAGCAAGGAGUAGAAUUGAUUGUGCGCGGAAAACCAGCGCGCGCGGAACGCAAUGGGUUAGUUCUGCAAGCCCGUCGGGUUUAGUUUAAUUGGGAAUUGUAGAAAGCAGAUCUAUUUUAUUUGAGUCUACUACGCGGUGAAAUGAUAAUAUAAACUAGUAAUAUUAAUAUUCACUCUAUACUACUAGCAACGAGCCGCCCCUCCCCCAAAAGAAAAGAAAAAAAACACCACAGCUACAAACGAUCAUCUUAUGGCUCUCAACGCAAAGCGGUCGCCUAUCCUACCUAACCCUAACGAGAGAUAAACAAAUUGGUUAAACCACACUUACACCCCAGGAAGAACCAACAAUUAUUUCCACAAUUGACAAACAAGAAAAGAAAACAAAGUGAAAAAACAUCACGCUCCCCCCGAAAAUAAUACACCACCCCUAUUUUGUGCCCUCCAAUUUCCUUCGUUCGAUCGGCUCCUGGACCCGGGUUCGCGUUUCGUGCUUAAAGACAGGCUACUGUUUGUUAACGAUGUAUGCGCGUAAAACCGAUGUUUGCAUUUGUGAUCCAGCUAUUUUAGAUGUGUUUUUUCACCCACCACCUUCUUUGGUCACCUUCUGCCCUAAUGCUUCUCUCCAAGCACGAUUGAAAAGCACAGCCGCGGAAGGAGGACAGCCAAACAAGAAACAGCUACACAUCGUGCUGUUCGAUGGUGGAAGAUUGCGAAACGAUACGCGAAUAUUAGCUUAAAUAAGUUCAACCAACCUUGUGUCGAUUCGUGAACAGCUCAUCUGACUGGAUAAAUCGUUUUUAAACAAAUUCGAGAAGCUUUAUGUUUUGUGUUUUGUUUCGGUGUGUCUGUAUGUGUGCGUGCGUUUGCUGCGAUGAGCUGUGCAUGCUGCGAGAGGAAUAUAUUAGGUAAGCAGGAAAAGUGCAACCAACAGCAGAACAAAAAGUGUAUGUUAAACAAAGAAAAACAGGGGAAAGCAAAAGGAAAAUGUAUGGAAAAAUGCCGCGCAGUUCGUUUACCUGUGACACACCAUUUCGAACCAUUUUCUGUAGGAGAUUGUGAUUGAGAUUGUUAGAGCAUCCGGACACUCAUUCAGUAUCCUUUACCUUCCCCCCAUUAGCUCUUCUCUUCCCUUCUUUCCUCUGUGGCGCUCAUAUAACCUGGUAGGUUAUCGCUGCACGUAUAAGUAGGCUUACUGCUAGAUUUAGGUUUUGUCACGUGGCCGGGCAGAUUGGGCUGUCCCCCAUUUCCCCGUGUGUGGUUGUAAGCGGCCCGCGCGAGCUCUUUCCGUUAAACAGCCGUUUCGAAUGGUGGCAAUAGAAUGCAAUCGAUCGCCUGCUUAGUGAGCGCUCGUUUGCAAUACACAAGCAUUCUUCUAUCGGCACACAAACAGUACACACGGGGCUCCAGCAGGUGCUAGUAGUAGUAAAUAGCAAAACACUCACACACGGACAUAAACAUACGAGGAUACCACAAACAAAACAGCCCAAUUUUUUUCCUUCAUUAAACUCAGCAGCCAGAGAGAAAGAAAGAGAGAGAGAGGGAGCCAUUGCAAGGGUAGCGCUGUCUCUAGCUGCUUUUCAUCCAUUUGGUGGCCGUACGCCGUUUUUACAUGAGAGCAGGAGAGAGACGCCCGUGGGACGUUCACACACACACAUUCACACUCACACACAGCAAAGUAAAUUCCAACAAAAAAAAAAAACCCAGCCACCCGGAGAAACUGAGCAAACCCAGAAACUAAAUCAAACACGCUGCAGAAGCGGAAGUGCUAUAAACAAUGCGGUGAAGCGGAUGUGGAACACUACCGCCAUUCGAAGUUGAUAAAGAGUCAAUAAAGAGAAACAUGAUACAUUCUGUA